UCCAAAUCUGACAGGAUGGCUUCAAAUGGAGCAUCUUCAAUGCCUGGACCGGAUAUGACCAUGAAACCUGGCUCCACCAUGUCUCCUUUCACUGCACUUCCCUUUCGCCCACCCUCACCUGGCCCACCAGAGCAACCACCCUGGGAGCCUCCCCUGCAGCCCCCCAUGCCGUCAGCAUUCUCUCCAGGCAGCCCUCUGGUGCUCUCUGCUUUCCCCAGCCCACUGUUGGUGACAGGGGAUGGCGGCCCUGGCCCCAGUGGGGCUGGGACUGGCAAGGUCAUUGUCAAAGUCAAGACAGAAGGGGGACCAAUUGAGCCUUCUCAAUCUCAGAACUUUAUCCUUACUCAGACAGCCCUCAAUUGGAUUGCCCCGGGAGCUCCCUGUGGGGGCUCUGAGGGUCCUCCAACCAGAUUCAUGACGUCCUCUAAUGUGAAGACCAUUCUGCCUGCUAAGGCUUCCGGGGUGAGCCAGGAGGGGCCCUCAGGCCUUCCUCUUCAGACACCACCACCAGCUGUCCAACUGGCCCCCAGUGUCCCCCCGGAGAAGGUUUGGCCAGGGCCACACGGGGCUCCCAUGGAAGAAAGCCCUGCAGCUGCCCGAUCCAAGCCCUCACUGGGUGACCUCUCCUAUACCUCCAAGGGUGUUUAUGAGAACUUCCGACGCUGGCAGCGCUACAAAGCUUUGGCCCGAAGGCACCUAUCCGAAAGUCCUGAAACAGAAGCUCUUUCCUGCUUUCUUAUCCCAGUGCUUCGUUCCUUGGCCCGGCUGAAGCCCACCAUGACCCUGGAGGAGGGACUGCCAAGGGCUGUGCAGGAGUGGGAACACACCAGCAACUUUGACCGGAUGAUCUUUUAUGAGAUGGCAGAAAAGUUCAUGGAGUUUGAGGCUGAGGAGGAGAUACAGAUUCGGAAUGUGCAGCUGAUAAAUGGGUCCCAGUGUCUGUCUCCAGCAGCCUCUCUGAAACUUGACCCUCCAGGGCCCCCAGCUCCUGAGGUUUGCCAGCAGCCAGUGUACAUUCCCAAAAAGGCAGCUUCCAAGUCACGGGCACCCCGCCGGCGGCAACGCAAACCCCAGAGACCUCCGGUUCCUGAGGCACCCAAGGAGAUCCCACCAGAAGCUGUGAAAGAAUAUGCUGACAUUAUGGAAGGGCUGGUGGAGAGUAACUUGGCCACUGGGGAAUCAGAUGGAAAACAGGAAGAGGAGGAAGAACAGCAGCAGGAGGAGGAAGGGAUGUACCCAGAUCCAGGUCUCCUGAGCUACAUUGAUGGGCUGUGUUCUCAGGAGGUCUUUGUCUCCAAGGUGGAAGCCAUCAUCCACCCUCGAUUUCUGGCAGAUCUGUUGUCCCCAGAAAAACAGAGAGAUCCUUUGGCCUUAAUUGAGGAGCUGGAGCAAGAAGAAGGACUCACUCUCACCCAGCUGGUACAGAAGCGACUCUUGGCCUUGGAGGAGGAGGAUGCGGAGGCGCCUCCAAGUUGCAGUGGGGCUCAGUCAGACUCGAGUCCUUCUGUUUCUGAUGAGGAAGAAGAUGGGGGUGGAAGGCUUCGGUCCUUCCCUGGGCCUCCGAUGACUGGGGUCACUAUUCACCUUGGAAAGGCUGCUUCUCCAGGAAAGAGGGCAAGAGAAGGGCAUGGUGGGCAAGAGCGAGCACUAGAUGGCCCAAGGGGGAUGCGCCAGGAUGCAAACACUCUGCCAUCCUCCAGUAGCUGGGAUCUGCAACUUGAAGUUGCAGCUCCAUGGGGAAUUUGGGGACCCUUGGGCACAGAAAGAAGAGGGUCUGGGAAGUUUACAAACCAGACAUCCCCACAUCAGAUUGGCCACCUGGGAGGAGUGGGGUCCCCUGGGCAUUCCCUGGUGGCUAAUAGGACUACAGAGGCCCUGGCUCUUUGUUGGCAAGAAGGCCCCCAACUGCAGGGAGCUCGUUGUUUAGCUGUUGGACUUGCAAAGCCAGCUCCUUUCCAAGGUCAGAGGUUAGAAAAACAGGUAUUGGGGCUUCAGACAGGACAACAGAUGGGGAGUCUUGGAUUGCUUCCUCAGGGGAAGGACCCUUUAGCAAUGCCCCAGGAAGGCUCUUCAGGAGCCAUGUGGAGUGAUGACACAGGCCCUCCUAUGGUUCAGAGUUAUGAUCAGAACCCUUCUCCUGGAGUGGCUGUGGAUAGGGAUGGGGCCUCUCUCAGUCCAGGGUUUUGGCUGAGCAGUGAGAUGGAUGCUGUAGGCUUGGAGCUGCCCUUACAAAUCAAGGAGGUCAUAGAGAACUUCCAACAUGGGGAAUGUGUAACUGAGCACCAGGGAGGCUGCCAGGCACUGGGCUCCAGAAGCCACAUUUCUCUGUGUCCUGGAGAAACCACACCACCCAGGGAUGUGGGCAGCAGUGCAAUUCCUUGUGGAGGAACAGAUGCCCCAGAAAAGAGAAACUACUGCAGCUUACCAGGACCUCUGAGGGCUAAAGAAAAUGGAGGACAAAGCCCCGAGACUGGAAGGGACUCCAGUGAUCAAUGGGCUGGAGAUUGUUCCCCAUUGCUGGAAAGCAGAAUUAGUGCCCCUACACUGGAGUCUCCCAAAGAAACCCUCCUGCCUCCAUGUCAAAGCAAUGUCCUCAUCCUGGGGCCCCAAGAUGCCCCAUCCUUCCCCGAGGCCAGCCAAGAAGCAGGGAACAGAGGCAAUUCCAUUUCUUCUCUGUUGGAAACCACAGAGCAUGUCAACAUAUCAGCUGUUAGAGAUGACCAUUGCCAACUGGGGACCAAUGAGGACACCUGCCCACCAAAUUUUAAUUCUUAUGAUCCCCAAGGAGAGGGCAGAGAGGAGACUGAAAUAUUUAUGCCUAAAGAUCUUGCUCCCUUACCAGGGAGUCAAGAUUCUUAUACAUGCGGGCCCCCUAAAUCAACAUCUCAUCAGGGCCUUGAAAGCACUUCCCCUAGAUGGGGACCUAGGGAUGCCUUAAUUGUGAGAGAAACCUCUCCUGUUAGUGAAACUCGCAGCUCAGCAGAUGGGGCCAGCAAAGAAAAGAAAGAGGAGGGUGAGGAGGAAGAUAAGGAACUCUCUAACUUUGUCUACCUUUUGGCCUCUAAACUUAGCCUGUCACCAAGGGGGCUACCCCUCAUUCCUCGCCCGGCCUCUAAACUUAGCCUGUCACCAAGGGGGCUACCCCUGAUUCCUCGCCCUACCUUGGGCCUGUCCUCUACAGGAGAUGGAGGGGCAGAAAGAGCAUCCCCCUCCCUCUCUAAUGAGGCAGAGGGCCUCGGCCUCCCUCCACGUCCUGUUGCCAAGUGCAGGAAGCGAGUUCUAGUUGGAGGCUCAGCCCCUAUUGAAAAGAAGCCCCACCCAGGAGCUGAUCUCGGGGUCUCUGGGGAGAAAUCCUUGGCUCUGGGAGCGGUUCGAACCCCACAGCGUCGUAAAAGGCGGCGUGACAGUUUUGCCACAGGGAGAAGGAAGAAACGACGCCGUAACCAGUAGGGAUC